UGCAUAUACCCUUUGGUGGAUUCCCUGUUUCAUAUGUGUCGAUUGAAUCUCUCCUUUCCAUGAACAGGAAAACAGUAUGAAUUGGUCGACUCCGCUAAUGAACAUACCAACUUGGGGUCAGAUUAUGUAAGUUUGGCAUAUCGAGUCAGUUUAUGCCAAAUUUCGUCAACUUGACUCUUGUCAAAAUGACACAUAAAACAGGCGAUGCUACCUCGAAAAUGACCCGCUUUCAAGCAUUUCAGACCGAAAUCGAAGACAUACGCAAUCGCGAAUUGGCUAAACGGCGAGUUCAAGGAGCAGCGGUUAUGGCAAAGGAGAAGGAUAACAAAGAUCCUCCGUCUAAAGGGAAAGGGAAAGCCGAUGAACAUAAAAAGGUCAUCGUCUUGAGCGAGCCCAUGGCAAAGGAGAAGGAUAACAAGGACUUUUCAUCGAAGGGGAAAGAGAAAGCUGACGAACAUAGAACGGUUGUCGUCUUGGGCGAGCAUGCUGAUAGCACCGGAUUCUCCGAGAUAGAGGAGGAGAUCUUGACUUUAUUACAGUCUAGACUGCCCAAUGACUUCAACUCGGCGCGAGACAUGAUCGCUGCCUUGAUUACCCAAAAUUACGGUGAAUAUGUCCUACGAAUUGGUUCCCAACCGCCGCAUGCGUUAUUGUUCUCUGGAGAGCUCACAGACUCGUCGGACGGAUGGACAGGAACUGAGAAGACUGCACAAGACUUGGACACGUUACGGCAAAGAAUUACUGAUGCUGUUGAGGAGAUUGGCGGUAAGGUUUCCGUACUUUGCGAAACUAGGACUGGACAUCCGCGAAUAUCACUCCUCCUACGGCUACCCCCUCCAAAUGUCUCUCUCACUCCGGAAGUUCGAUGCGCUGUAGUAGGAAACGUUGACAGCGGGAAGUCUACUACCCUGGGUGUACUGACGCGUGGUGCAUUAGAUGAUGGGAGAGGUCGGGCGCGGGUAGCUCUCUUUCGACACAAACACGAAAUUGAAACUGGGCGGACGUCCAGCGUAGGAAUGGAGAUCCUUGGCUUUGGACCUUCGGGCGCCCCGAUCCUCCCUACCACCGCAAAUUCUUCCGACCCGGAUGUUAUACGAAGAGAAAAGUUGGGCUGGGAAGAGAUUUCCAUACAGGCUGCCAAAAUUGUCUCUUUCAUUGACCUUGCUGGCCAUGAGCGAUAUCUCAAAACUACUCUCUAUGGACUAACGUCGGGCGCACCUUCCUGCGUCAUAUUAACUGUCGGUGCUAAUGCGGGCUUGAUUGGAAUGUCGAAAGAGCAUUUAUCCAUUGCACUGGCCUUGAGUGUACCGAUCGUCGUUUGUAUCACUAAGAUUGACAUGACACCACCCAAUGUGACUGCAGAGACCAUCAAACAAGUUGCCAAGAUACUGGGGAGCCCGGGGUGUCGUAAAAUACCCGUGUUCGUGAAAUCUAUUGAGACAUCCGUCGAAAUUGCGACUUCUUUCGGGCAAGACAAACGUUGCCCUAUUUUUCAAGUGUCGAAUGUCACUGGAGAAGGCCUUGACUAUAUACGCACAUUCCUGAACCUACUUCCCUCCAGUGAGGCGGACAGCGACAAAUUUGCGCCGAAUCAGCCGCUAGAGUUCUCUGUCACUGACGUGUGGUCAGUGCCGUAUGUGGGCACAGUCGUGAAUGGGAUCGUCAACAACGGUAGCACCAAGACUGGUGACGCAGUGUUGCUGGGACCGGAUUCUAAUGGGAAUUAUUUAAGCACCGUCAUUAAGAGCAUGCAAAGGAAAAGAGCGCCGGUGACAACGGCUGAUGCAGGCCAGUGUGUCGCUUUUGCCUUGAAGCGGGUACGAAAAGCGGCUGUCCGGAAGGGGAUGGUUUUGGUGAGCAAAUCGGAGUCGCCUCCUCGUGCUAUACGGCAAUUCGAGGGACAGGUCCUCAUUCUAUAUCAUAACACCACGCUGCAAAGAAACUACCAGGCCAUGUUACAUUGUGGCGCUGUGAGGCAAACGGUGAGAAUCAUCGGAAUGGAUCAUCCUCAAGGGGUUCUUCGAACGGGGGACCGUGCCACUGUGCAGUUUGAAUUCAUCUCACACCCUGAAUUUGUGAAGGAAGGAAUGAAACUGCUAUUCCGAGAGGGCAAAACCAAAGGUCUCGGGGUUAUUACACGGUUAUUGUAGCGCGCAGGUCCGUUUUAGCUAAGUUCUUUCUUGUUUAUGGAUAUGUAGAUGUUGUACUCGUUUAUGAUGGACACGGUUGUUGUACUUUGUUCGGGUGCUGUCAUGUCGAUAAUCGUUAUGUAUUUUUUGGUCGCCAGCCAGGGCGAUGUAGCAGGAUGCAGCACAAGAAUGGAUAUGUCGUCGCCAAGGGAUUUGAAAU